GUUUUAUUGAAAUUAUUCUAGUUCUAUUAAAAAGAUGGAUAUCCUGGAGACUGACGCUUACGACCGCAGGCAGAGGAGAAACAUGUCUUGUGUAUUGUUCUUGUACCUCGUCCCGUUUUUCCUGGCCACUGCUGUGUACUUCUACCUGUGGACCCCGGAGUCGGUCGGGUCUAGCGUCUCAGCGGGGGCCAAAACGGCUCCUGCGCUCCUAUUGGCUGCGGUGGUCCUGAGCUGGAACGGGCUCCACAGCGUUCUGGGUGUGGCCGGGGGACUGGUCUUCUCCGCUGUGGGGGACUUCUGCCUCAUCUGGCCCGAUCAGAUGUUCCUACAUGGUAUGGCUGCCUUCGCUGUGGCCCACCUCUUCUACUCCCUCACCUUCCUCUCCUCGCGCUACAGCUCUGAAUCUUCCUCCAAAUGGCCCCGCCUCUUUUACCCCAUCUUGUUCCUGAUUGGAGGAGCCGUGUACAUCCACCUGUACCCGUACCUCCAGAAGGCCCCCAACCCAGACCUGCUCGUACCGGGAGUGGGCGUCUACAUCCUGAUGAUCACUCUGAUGGGGUGCAUGGCCAUCCGGACACGCAGGUUUAUCACAGUGCUGGGUAGUCUUGUCUUCAUGGUGUCCGACCUGACUCUGGCCGUGCAGGUUUUUAAGGUGGCUCCGAUAGAACAUGGGAACAUUAUCGUGAUGGUGACGUAUUAUUUAGCUCAGCUGCUGAUCGCUGUAGGAGAUGUGAAGGCGGUGGAAAGCACGGAUGACUUUUCAAAAUGGAAGAGAGCCUAG